AUGAGCGACCCGAACGAAGCCGCCAUCAACGACUACCUCACCAAGCAGGUGAAAGUUAACCAAAAUAUUGUCACUUAUCGGCUGCUCAGCCGUGCACUCUCGAUCCAUGUCAAUGCCGCGAAACGAUCACUGGCUGCAUUCUACGAGGCGAAUAAUGGUCACGGCGGAACAGCGUCUCUCCAUGCAACAUACCUCGUGACGGGAGAGGAUCUAGACAACGUUACAUCUAACGACUCGAUGGAGGUUGAUGAACAGCAAGGCGAAGUUCAAGACGCGCCUUCGCCGAUGGCGGAAAAGACAGUGCGACAGAAGAUUCUGAUCGUCCCAGAAGAGAACCUCGAGAAGUUACAGGCUGCAAGUCGACGUUCAAAACCGUUCGCGGUGUUCACAUUUACAGCAUCGAGCCAUCCAAUUUCAUGGCAGGUCACCAUCACGAGCGAGGAUCCCUCACUACUGGUCACGACUGUGGAUGCUGUUCGAAAGAUGGAUGCAUCACGAACGAUUGACGAGCUGAAGAGUCUAGGAAUCCCCAUUAGUAAUGCGUGCAAGGUAAACAAGAACAUCAAGGCCAAGAAGCCAAAUCAAACUAUCGCUUCGACGUCCGCAGGCUCCAAGCCGACUACCAAAGAGGAGAAGAAUCCUGGUGCAGCAAAAUCAAAGGAAGAGGUCAAACCGGCACCGGUUGCAAAGAGCAUCGCACCCAAGGCAGAGACGAGCAAAAAGCAGGUCGGACUAGACUGGAGCAAAGCGAAAUCAAAAGACGCGCCAAAGACCGAAGCGAGCAAACCUUCGACACAAGAUAAGACGAGUGCACAAAAGAAGGGCAAGGCAGCUGUGCGAGAGGCGUCACGGGGAACCAAGCGUCCUACGCCACCGGACGAAAAGGAAGACGACAAGCCACCAAAGUCGAAACCACGCACUUCUGCACCUGUAAAGACUGAGCCCAAGAUUCGUGCGAAGAAAGGAGUACUACUCUCCGAUGAUGAGGAGGAAGAGGAGAUGCGCGCCCCUAAAGCCAUCAAACGCAAAGCAAAGAAUGAGAACGUCGUGCUCGCUCCGAGACACGUACCUGGCCCACCCUCAUCCAAAUUUGACACUGGAGGAGAGGACAAUGAUGAAGACGAAGAGGCCGAACCCAGCAUCGAGGAAGACGAACCAAUGGAGACGUCUGAGACAGAAGAGCCAAUGUACGCCAAGACGAAACGACCGACGAAGAAGCAAAAGGCGUGGCCGAUGGGUGCCAAUGGUUUACGCAAGCGGAGAGUUGUAAAGACGCGAGAGUAUACAGAUAAGAGGGGCUUCAUCCAGACGGAGGAUUACUCCGAGUAUGAGAGCGUCGACUCCGAGUCGGAGCAACCUCCGGAACCGACAAAAGCAAAGAAAAAGGGCGGGAAUAGCGGCACCGCGGGUUCUCGGGUCAAGAAGGAAGAGCCCGAGGUAAAACUUCCCAAGGCAGGCACCAGCAAAGAGUCCACGACCGCAAAGCCGAAACCAAAGCCGGGGCCUGCACCCCAAGGUGGUAAGAAGACGAUCGACUCCUUCUUCCAAAAGAAAUGA